GUUAAUCCUUACUUUACUCCACAUCAUGGACAGACUGAGCGAGCUUUCGGACGACAUUCUACGUCACGUCCUCUCCUUCCUCGUCGACAUAGAAUCCGCUGCUCGAACCAGCAUUCUGUCCGGGAGAUGGAGACCCUUGUGGAAGGACGUCCCCGUCCUCCACCUCUACUCGAGCACUUCCCCCUUCACCGGUAACUUCGAGCACAAGUUGGUGCCCCUCCGAUCCCACCGCGGGAACUGCGUGGACAUCAGCUUCAUCAGCUCCGGCAAGGAAGAAGAGUAUGCUAUCAUAGUGGGAAGAAAGAAGCCCGACCUCGUUCAUGCUAGUUUUGGGAAGGGUGUCGUUGACGUGUUCGACAAGGUACUGGAACGCUGUGCUUCCCUCCGGGCUUUGUCAUUCCGCAAAUGGUUUCUAUGUGAUGACUUGGGUCGCAUGGCGUCCUCCAUCGCCCGUCACCAUCACAGCGAAUCUCUCGAGGCUCUCGAGUUCGUGGGCUGCUUCUUACUCCGCGGCGAUCUCGAAGCAGCCUGCGAGCCAUCGUUCCCGAUGGUGACCACUUUGGAGCUUCGUGGCUGCGACAUUAGCUACUUCCACCACGACGAUCCUUUCGCCAUCCUCCCUCGUUUGAGUUGCUUAAAGCUGGUCGGUUGCAACAGGAUAUACCUGUCGGAUUCCAUCAAGAUUUCGGGGCUCGAGCUGCGGAGCCUCGAAAUUCGAUGCACAGAUGUGUGCAUUACCCAGCUGGCGGCACCGAAGCUCGAGUCGUUGUGUUACUCGGGCGAGAUGGAGCAUCUCGGGGCAUUCCAAGAGGCGAACCUUCCUUCUCUGUGUCGCGCUAGUGUGAGCAUGGAAUACCGGAAGUCGACGGAAUUGGACGGUCAGGGAUUCAAGAGCUUGUUGCAUGGUUUGCGUUAUGCAAAGUCUCUCGACUUGUGUAUUAAACAAACGUUUACGAGCUUCUUCCAUCAUUUGCCACGUACGAAGUCUCUGCUCUUAUAUCUCAAAACAGAGUAUCGAAAAUCACAAGAGUACUCCGAUCUUUUCAAAAUGAAGUCAUUCAUCGAUGAUGAAAUAUCUCGCUUUACCAGAUUGAAGACCUUCAACAUUCGAUAUCCAGAAGAGUUUAUCAUCUCUCUCCCAACCAAUGAAAAUGAUGUUACUGAAGAUCCCGAAGCAUGCGACGAAGUUGACACAGAUAACUGAAGGAGGCCCUUCCGUUACGUGUGUACCAUUCGAAAAAGGUGAACAUCCCUAGCUAGGUCAUGCUCGUUUAAACAUGUGACUCGAAAAUAUGGCAAAAUUCUAACGACAAGUCAUAGCUCGGGAGGUUAAGGGCUUGUUCCAUGGUUUGCGUUAUGCAAAGUUUGGAGCUUUGCAUUUGGGUUAUCCUCAUUAUACCUUUAUUAUUUGGUCAUAGGCUACUAUAAUGUUGAAUGUUUACCACGAGUUAACACCUAAACCAUUUCAUUUAGAGUGUCUUGUGAUGGUUAUUUUCCCUUUUCCAAGAUAACUAGUCAAAAUAUAUGAUUAAUUAUCUGGCGGAUGGUGUUUUCUCUCUUGAUAAUCUCAAAAGUAUCAUGAUCUUAUCAUAUUGAAAUCAAUAAAGCUCCCGCGCAGGUUUCAAUAUUCACACCAAGCAUUUCUCUCCAAACCAACGAAAAGACGAUUGUAGAUAUCAUUAUCCUUAAUCGCUUGCCUUGAAGUCUUUUAUUUAUUUAUUUAUUUUGGGUGCCAUUUAGAGUUAUCUUCCUUUAUUUUGUAAAUAAGAACCAUGUUUAUAAACUAUGAGUGGAUAAAUACUAAAUUUAUAUGAAUUUUUCAAUGAAGAAAUUGGAUCAACUACGUAUCGCAUGACUUUCUUUACUGCAUGAACAUGGGCAUAGUAUAGUCAACAACAAAUCCGAGCCCCUAAGUUGGGUUUGCUGAAAUUGGGCCUGUGGUGGUUUAAUAACCAAGCCUUGCCCCAGUUAGGCCCUAAGUAAUUGAGCCCGUUUCCCGCCGUACUAAUCCGAGUCCGCCAAAAAAUAGGUUAUUUAUUGUCUCUUUUUCAUAUAAGAGCUACAAACACAAAUACAAUAAGGGACUUAUUUAUUGUCUCUUCUUACGUGGAUUGCGUAAUGCAAAGUCUCUCGACUUGUGCUUCAUGUAUUUGUAAAUUUUAUGUACCUUAAUACCACCUUUUAUAGGUUGAAAUUAGAAGGCUUAAUAACUGCAAACAUUUUGGUAUUAACAUGUGUGUAUUUAAAUUUUAAUUAUCAUGAAUCUCAUUUGGCUAAAAAAAUUGACGAGUUUAAGAAAAUAUUAUGACAUGCCAUAAUCAACUUCCGAUCAUUGACAGGUAAACUUACCGUUAGAUAUGAAUUUAUGUAUCGAAACGAUUGAGAAAAAUAAUUUGCGUACCAGUUCGACCCAAUAGAAAGUUCGUGUACCAAAACAAUCAAAUUUCAAAAGUUUGAGGGUUAAAUUGUGCUCUUUAAUAAAGUGGAGCGAAAAGC